AUGUCAUCUCCGGCCAAGCGUGACUCGACUGGAAACCAAUCACGUCGCGAAUCAACUGGAUCCGUUCUUAAAGGCAGAACCCAUAGAAUUAAACUAGAAGGAAGUUAUCAAAAGAAAUAUAUGCAAGAGAUCAAAGAAAUCGUCAAACAAACAGACUACUUCCUUGAUCCAAUUGGGACAAGCGAAGAGUUCAAUGACAGAUCAAAUAAAAACAGAUAUAGCUCUCCUUCGAAAUCCAGAUCAACUCCAAAGAAAAAGGAGCUAACCGAAGAAGAAAAACAAGAACUUCUUCACAGGAAAGUCGAAGUCCACGUAAACAAAUACAAACUAAAGCCUAUUCGUGUUUCAACUUGCAGAGUUGCUGAAAUUUCGGUCAAAACAACAGCGCAAAAGAAAACAGAAGCCGAAAAUACCCCAAGAGUUACAGCACGAGACAUAGAAAACCUCGAAAAAGCAAAUCGUCAAAAACGCCAGCCAUUUAGAAGCUCUGUUGGCAAACAAACAGGUCUUGCAUAUCAGCAGCAAUAUACUCUACCUCCUGUUAGCCAGAAAUCUCCAAGAAGAACCUUAUCUCCAAAAAGAGAAAACAUUUCGAAGUCGAAAGUCAAAGAAUCACCAAAGAAGGAAGAGGAAAUAACACCUAUCGAUCAAAAGCAAACUGAAAUCGAAGAAAAACCGAAACCAGAAAAACAAGUCAAAAUUAACCCUCAAAUUUCUGAAAAACAACCCGAAAUCGAACAACAUACAGAGGAAAAAUCCGAAAUUACAGAACCAGAAGUGGAAAAUCAACCAGAAGAAGAUGAUGAAAAUAUUGAUGAGAAUCCACCGGAAGAACACGGCCAAGAAGGUAGUAUCUUAGCAGAGCAUGUUGAAGAGGAAGAGAAAACAGAAGAAACAGUUGAAAAAAGUGAAAAUAAUCUUGAAGAAGAAGAAAAUCCAGAAAAAGAAGAAGAAAACAACACAGAACAACCAGUCCAUGAAGCAGAGAAGCAGAUGGAGAUCAUUCUUGAGCAAGUUCACGAGAUAUUGAACCAGAAAGAAGAAAAGAAAGAAACUAAUGAGGAAGAAGAAGAAAAAACAAAAGAAACAAACUCUUAUUCGAGUAAUUUCGCAACUUUGGGACUCUCCGCUGUUCAAGAAGAUGAUUUAGCAAUUGGCUCUUCAACUUCUGAGGAAAUUUUUCCACAAACAGAAACAAAAGAAAGUCACCUAGACGAAACAAACAUCUCCAACGAAGAAAUUCAUUUAGAAGAAGAAGAAAACGAAGAAAUUCAUUUGGAAGAAGAAGAAAACGAAGAAAUUCAUUUAGAAGAAGAAGAAAACGAAGAAAUUCAUUUAGAAGAAGAAGAAAACGAAGAAAAUAAUGAAGAAAAAGUUCAAGAAAAAGAAAAUAUUAUUGAUGAAAACAAAGAAGAAAAUAUUGAACAAAAUGUUGAAGAAGAAGAAGAAAAGAUCGAAGAAAAUCAAGAAGAUAAAGAGCAAAUUGAAAUUGAACAAGAAAAUGUUCAAGAAGAAGAGGAAAACAAAGAAGAAUUAAAUGAAGAGGAAAAAAUCGAAGAAAGUAAAGAAGAAAAUAUUUGUGAAAACAAAGAACAAAUUGAAGAAGAAAAUGACACAUUAAUUGAACAAAAAGAAGAAAAUGUUCAAGAGGAAGAAGAAAUCAAAGAAGAAUUAAAUGAAAAAGAAAAUAUCUGUGAAAAGGAAGAAAAAGUUGAUGAAUUAAAUGAAAACAAAGAAGAAAAUCUUCAACAAAAAGAAGAAAAAACAGAAGAACAAAAGAAUGAAGAAAACAUCGAAGAAGAUGUUUGUGAAAAACAAAAUGAUGAAGAAGAAAUAAAUGAACAACAAAAAGAAGAAAUUAAAGAUGAUGAAAAAGAAAACAUUAAUUUAAAUGUUGAAGAAGAAGAAAACAAAGAAAAUGAAGAAGUAAAAUCGAGAGAAAUUCAUUUCGAAGUUGAACUUGAAAAAGAACAAUUAACUCCAGAAGAAGAAAAAGAAAUAGAAUCCAACAAAGAAGAAGAAGAAAUUGACGAAGAAAUCAAUCAGCAAAAUGAAGAAGAAGAAAAUUCUCCUGGAAUUAAUUUCGUUGUUGAAUUAGUUAAAGAAAACCUUUCUCCAGAAGAAGAGAAACAAAUUGAAUCUCAACAAAACGAAGAAGAAGAAAAUCAAAAUGAAGAAGUUCACAGUGAAGAAGAAAUCAAUGAAGAAAAAGAAAUUCAUUUCGAAGUUGAACUUGAAAAAGAACAGUUAACUCCAGAAGAACAAACUCAAUUAGAAACAAAAGAAAAUGAAUUUGAAACAAAAGAAAAAGAAAUUGAAACUCCAGUUCAAGGGGAAGUUGUUGAAGAACCAACAAAAGAAGAAGUUUCUUUGGAUGAAGAAAAGAAAGAAUUCAACGAAGAAGAAGAAAAUGAAGAAGAAAAGAAAUCAAAUAAAAAGAAAAAGACAAAAAUUCCUCACAUGUCUAAGGCCAGAAUGAAACAACUGAAGAAGAUGAGGAAAGGAAACUAUUCUCCAUCAAAACAUGUCGAAGAAGACAAAGAAGAAACAAAACAAGAAGAGAAACCAAAAGAAGAACUAAUUCAAAAACCAGAAGAAAAGAAAGAAGAAAUUCAUAAAGUUGAAGAGAAACCAAAAGAAGAAUCUCCAAAAUCUGAGGAGAAACAACCAGAAGAAAAGAAAGAAGAAAGUCAGCCGAAUUCGUUGAGAAGUUACGUAAGUCCUCCUUCGUCUUCAUCUGGAAGGAGAAGUUCGAGACUUCCUGCAGUUCCGAUUUUGCCUCCAAGCAGUUCUUCAGAUGAUGAAGACGCUGUUUUGCCUAUUUAUAAGAAAUGCGAAUACUCUGCAUCAGAUGAAUAA